AUGAAACGAAUAAAUCAGAUAUAAUAAAUUCGGAUGAAACGAAUAAACUGGAUUUAUUGAAUCUGGAUGAAAUAAAAGAACCAGAUAUAAUAAAUCUGGAUGAAAUGAAGGAACUGGAUAUAAUAAAUCUGGAUGAAAUGAAGGAACUGGAUAUAAUAAAUUCAGAUGUAACGAAUAAACCAGAUUUAUUAAAUCUGGAUAGAACGAAAGUAUUCAGUUUUAUUCGUAUCUAA